AUGGGAAGCUCUACCACAUCCUGGUACCCGAGGGUGCAAAGCCAGGCCUGGAAUCUCUCGUCGGUGCUUCGUGCUCAGGGCGGCGGCUCCUUCUUCAAGGUGAACCUGCCUGCAAAUGACUCCGCGGAUGUGGAGGUGCCGAUCCCAGAAGGCAAGAAGACCGUCACGAUCAAGGUGCGCGGAAAGGACUACCAGAUCACCUCGGGGGAUCCGUCCGCAGGUGACAGUGUGACCGUUUCAGUUGCGGAAGCCUCCGAUCCGUCCGUGAAAGAGGGCCGGCGACUGCUCUACGCCGGCUGUGAGUCGCUCACGACGCUCUUCAACGUCACGCCCAAGGAGGACGGCUCUCCGCUGGAGUUCUACCAGACGCUGCAGAACAAGGCCAAGGUGGAACAGCUCAGACUCUUCCGCCCAGGUGCAUCGCCCCAGGCAAAGACAGAGGACAAGGACAAAGUGAAAGAGAAGGCGCUGGAAGAGGAGGUCGCCGCGGAUCUUGACAUUACCUGCUCUCACGUCAAGGAGCAGAAAUCUGUUCCCAUUGGUGAUGCGCAGCAGCUCAUGCCAUGCGUGUCACCAGAGCUGGUGGGAGGCGGGGUGAACACCACGCUGUAUUCCUGCAAUCGGGCGGCCUGGUUCGACCCGGGCCUGGGGGCCGGCAAGUUCCGCCCGGACCAUGUGGCGAAUUACGUCGAGCUGAAGCUCUCCUCCUUAACGUUCCCGAUCUCUGACAAGUGGACCGAUGCCGAGGAGAAAUCGUCGUACUACGUACGUGCUAACAUCUGCGGGGUCACGGUAACCAGCUCCGCCCUCCACCGGUCGAAUCCCAGCUGGUCCAAGGUGCUGCCAUCCCAUCUGGUCGACCCCGGCCAGAUUCGUUUCGAAGGCCAGCAACUCCUGAUCCCUCUACCGGCCGGAUGCUGGGCCAGCAACGACGAGCAGCGGAAGCAGAUGCGCAAAGUGCAGCUGGAGGUCGUCAAGGUGAGCAGCAAGGAUGGCGGUUCCUCCAUGGACUUUGACAGCUUCGCCAGCACGGCGGGCACUGCAAAGAACACGUACACCGAGACGGUGAAGUUCAAGGCCGCUCUUACCUUCGACAAUCACAUGCUGGUGGACAUGCAGAAGCAGCUGGGCCUGUUCCUCACACAGCCUGAUCAACCUGUGCGGGAGGUCGAUGUGUUCCGCCCAGCCGCGAAGGACGAUUCAGCCACUGGCUCAACAGCGCCGCAGGGCAUGCUCAGCUUGGAAUUCGCCUUGCGGGACCGGGAUCAGGCCAGAGCAGUCAUGGGCCAGCCCGGUCACCGAAGCGCGCUGUGCAUCGGCGAUAAGGCCAUGCUUGUCGUGGAGGAGCCCUUCCAGUACCCGAAGGACCCAAGCGAUUUCCGAAAGCAGUUCUGCGUGGGCGACUUCGCAAAGAACAAGAAGGAGUGGCCGGCGCCCGGCGUUCCCCUUCGUGAGCCUUGCUUGAGCAGUGAGUACGCCGAGAGCGGGCUUGGCGAUCUGGUGCCGAAGCGGCCCUUCAAGCAGAGUUUUAUCCCAACCUUCUGCGACGACAUCAUCCCCCACAAGUAUGUCAUGCCCCUGACGGAGAAAGAGUUCCUGGAUAAGCACAAGCCCGGCUACUUCGGUCGCAUCAUGGAUGACAUGGCCAAGCGUUCAGGGUCUGACCUCCGGGAUCAGCUUCCAUACCGCUCUGGCCCCAACAAGCCCAUUGUGAGUCACCUGACGCACAUGAAUCGGCAUGUGCCGGUGACGGUCCUCGCCAUGUACGCGGACAAUGGCAACGGCACCACGUGUGAUGUGGAGGUCACCGAGCUCUUCGUCAAGAAGUGGCAGGAGCAGAAGCAUCGCAAGUUCGCCUUCCCGGGCAAGCUGGAGAAGUCGGCAGGCAAGGCAAAGGAAGGCGAGACGGCGACCCCACGGUUCAUCCUCAGGCAGGUGCCCACAAUCCUCCUGAGUGCGGUGCACUACUCCGGCGUGAAUGUCUACGAUGCCUUGUACAAGACCACCUCGGACGUCAUCAACGCGCCACCAGCUGUCAACGAGUUUGACCCUCGCUCGUAUGAGGCUGCACAGAAAGGUGCAAAGAAAGACUACCUGGAGUACAAGCUUGCGGCUGGUCCACUGCCGCCCGAUGCCAGCACGUCGGCCUGCUUGUACGAGUUCAACGUCCGGGUGCGCUUCCCGAGCGAGUACGAGAUGUAUCAGUUCGUGGCCAUGGUCCGCAAGUGUGUGCGCGUGGACCACUACCAGCAGGCCUUGAAGAUGAUGGAGUACCAGAAGCAAACCCAGAUCUCGACCCCAAUGCAGAUUCGCCACCCUGGACUGCACAAGACCGGGGGCCAGCUGGACGUGCUGCUGGUGGAGGCCCGGCGGCUGCAACCUUUGCAGUCGGCUCUCAACACCGUGCUCACGUCGGACCCCAUCACACUCUAUGAGUCGUGGUCGAAGGGCCGCUCCGACGUGGAUCCGUCGCAGUCCAACCAGAUGGUCGAUGCGAAUUACUUGCCCGAGCUCCUGGGCACCACGGAUGGCCAGGCGGUGAAGGGCACGCCGGAAGGAAGCUCCAUUGGAACCUUCGUCAACUUCCGCAUGCUUCACAACAAGGAGGUCAUCCCUUUCCGCGGAAAGAACAAGCAAGUCUCACCGGUCAUCUCAGGAACCGACAGCCCCUGCUGGUCGAAGCUGCCUGAGCUGGAAGGCGUGGGAGGCUGGACGUUCCGCACGGGCAUGAUUGAUCCCGAGAAGUAUCCGAAGCUGCUGAUUGAGUUCGAGGUGAUGAAAGCCGGGAUGUCCCCGAGCCGCAUCGGCGUCAUCCAGCUGCCGGUGACCGAAGAGCAGUUCCUGACGAACCCCAACCAAAUGUUCAAGAACCUCUGGCUUCCGCUGGUCAGUGUGAAGGAUGGUGAGCUGACGCCCAACAUCACGGGCGAGAUCCACGUCCUCACUCGAUGGUUGCCAUCGGAGAUGAAGCAGGUGUUUGCCGAUGGGCAGGAGAAGAUGCAGCUGUCUGUUCGGUCCAUGUUCCUGAAGGAGAUCUGGAGCAAGGUCUGCCAGCCACGAGUUCGCGAGCCGAUCUAUGGCGUGGAAGCCAUGUACCACUCCUUCACCUACAACCCGAACGUGGUCCGGCUGAAGGACAAGGAGGGCACGAAGACGCCGGAAACGCAGAAGGACAACAUGCGAAGACACGUGGAGGAGCUCUCGAACGCUGUUCCAUAUCUAGAGUGCUUGGAGCGGCGGCAGCUGAAUGCCUGGAACAUCUUCCAGGCGGAGCUACAGGAUCGCGGCUACGAAGGCCGGAGCAUCGGGGAGUUGCGCCUUCUUUGGCAGCAGAACGAGGACCAGACGAUGCUUAACAAGUUGCAGCAGUUGGUCCUUCGUGGUGUGCCCAGCGCGCUGCGGCCGCAGGUGUGGGCAGAGCUCACGCUGGCCAGCCGCGUGGCCACGCAGGAUGGGGCAGCUUUCGGGCGUGACCCCGAGGCGAGUGGGGAAGAAGCUGCGGAACAGGAGUACCGAGAACUGCUGGAGCGCGGCUUGCCACAGCACUCCGAUGCGAUGCAGCAGCUCCAAGAAGAUGCGGUGUUGCUCGCCGGUUGGGAGUCCAGCACCCCGCCGCUUCCCGAAGCGAUGGAGCUCCACCUCAAGCGGAUCAAGAACGCCAAGAAUGUGGUCACGGCCCUGCUGGCCAUCGAGGACAGCGGCAUCACGUACUGCGAGAGCUUGCUGGCGCCCUGA